AUGGGUUCCAGUGCUCGCAAGAAAAAAGACAAGCGGAAGGACUUUCAGAAACCAAAAUUAAAAGUCGGCAAGACAAAACCCAAAGCAGAUAACUUCACAGAUACCAGCUUUAAAGCCAGGUCAAUCGUUGUCAACCAACAGUCUCUUACAACUGUAGCGCCAUCGUCUUCUUCACAGUUCGCUCAUUACCUCUCACUUGCUUCCUCCUCCAAGUCAGACUCUCAAAGACGAGAUGCUCUCUCCUAUCUCACUACCCAACUUUCAUCUCAACCAGUCAACGCCCCAAUCCCGCUCCCCACAGCUAUCCUGCUCCCGAAACUGCUCCCCCUAAUCCUGGAUGGUUCUUCUUCGGUAAGGUCACAGCUUCUCAAAUUCUUACGCCUGUUGCCAGCAGCAGAUGUUGGCGACCGUGCCGAGCAAGCAUUGCUCUAUACCCGAGCAGGCAUGACGCACCUCGCCGCCGAGAUACGAGUCGACGCCCUCGCUAUCUUAGAAUGGCUCCUAGAAGUCGCUAAAGAGGACAUUGUCAUAUGUCCCGGUGGAUGGGUGAAGACUCUAAAGAGCUUCAUGACAAUGAUGGGCUGGGCAACGACCAGUGGGACGUCGAAAUGGACAUCCGCAAGCAAAGCAUCCUUUGGGAAAGCGGGGAAGGCAUUUCCGAGACAGCUUCUUGUUCUGGCGCAGUUCUUAAAAGCAGGAUUAGUAGAGUCAGGAGCUGAAGCGUCCUUGCGCCUAAGCGUAAGUUCGUUCCCACUGGUUGAUGUGGAGAAGCAUAUGAUUCCGACUAGGUCAAAUGCUUUUGCGCAUUUGAAUUUGUUUGGGUCUUCAAGAGAUGAGGAGGGAGAAAUGUAUAUUGAUAGGGAAGACCGACAGAGAGUUUUUCAAAAAAGGUUUCAGGCUGCUGUACAAGUGGGGAUGGAGAAUGCUAGGAAGGAGGCUGGUGAGGCUGGGAGAGCUGCUGCUGUUCUGAAUAAGGUUCUUGUUGAAGGCAUGGCAGAUUACAGUGGUGGCGUUGAUGAUACCCUAUAA